AUGGCGCUGAUGUGGAUUACAGUGAUGCUUUUUAAUACAUUUGCAGAUUCUGCACAGACAAACAGCAUCAAUCAGCCAACCCAAAUGAUCACUGCUGAUGUUGGUGAUAACGUGACUCUGCACUGCUUUCGACUGCAAGAGGAAAUUACUGAUUCCUUCGUUUGGUACAAGCAAAAAGUAGGACACAAGCCGUGUCUAAUGGUCACAGUUCAACAUGGACUCAAUUACGAAGAUGAGUUCAAGUCACCAAAAUUCAGCAUUGAAAAAGAAAAAAAGAGCUGUCAUUUAAAAAUUGCUAAUGUGGAACCAUCAGAUGAAGCCAUGUAUUAUUGUGGAUAUAUAAACUUUGUAACAAGGUUUACAAAUGGGACAUUUUUAUCAGUGAAAGGUGGUAGAGAUGUAAAAGUGUCAGUGUUACAGAGCAGCGUGUUGGACUCGGUUCCUGCAGGAGCGUCAGUGACUCUGCAGUGCUCGGUUCUCUCUGAGAGCAGAGCAGCAGAUCUCCAAGUGCUCUGGUUCAGAGCUGCUCCACCACAAUCCCAUCCUCAAAUCAUUUACACUCAUCAUAACAGCAGCCAUCAGUGUCAGAGCAGCUCUUCUACACACACCUGUGUGUACAACUUCUCCAAGAACAUCCUCAGCCUCAGUGAUACUGGCACUUACUACUGCGCUGUGGCCGUGUGUGGGAAGAUCAUUUUUGGGAACGGGACACGAGUUCAGUUGGAGAGCUCUGUGGAUCCUGUAGUGAUCUGCCUUGCUGUAGCUUUGGUAGUGUGUGUAGUUGUGAUCUUCGCUCAAGCCAUAAUCUAUAAAGGAAGAAAUUGUGGACAACACAGGGUGAGACUCAAACAAGGUUCUGUGACAGACAAGACCCUCAAUCAGGACUGUGACAAUGUGGAGCUGAAUUACGCUGCCUUACAUUUCAAUGAGAGGAGAGCCAAAAGAGGAAGAGUAAAGAAACAACAACCUCAAGAUAUUAUAUAUUCUGAUGUGCGAGGUCUUUCUGUAACUUAGAUUUUAUCUCUAAUAUGAUUCAGUGUCAUUAUUCCUGUUAUCAGGUUUAAUUUUUUUACUGUAGAUAUGUUUUGUUAAUUAUUGUUCAGACUGAAUUUAAACUGAAAGCUGAAUAAUGUAGAAGUCUCAGAAUCACUGAAACA